AUGCAAGUUCGCUUGCUAAAUAACUGGGCAUCUGGCACUCUCGAACCACACGGAAUAACAGGCCACACCGAUUCUGUCUAUUGCAUACAGUAUGAUUCAGAAAAGCUUGUUACGGGCUCACGAGACCGUACCAUUUGCUUUUGGGACAUUCAUACUCGUAAAUGCUACAGAACAUUAACUGGCCACACUGGAUCUGUCUUGUGCUUAUAUUAUGACGACGAUAUCCUUGUGUCUGGAUCUUCUGACACCACAUUAAUUGUAUGGGACAUAAAAACUGGCGAGAUUAGACAUAGGAUGGUUGGACACACUCAAGCGGUAUUGGAUUUGAGAUUUGAGGGCAAUACACUGUAUACGUGUUCUAAAGAUAACACGAUUAGAGUAUGGACUAUAUCCACUGGCGAGCUUGCUCUUACUUUGGAAGGCCAUCAUGCAGCUGUUAAUGCUAUUCAUAUUCACAAAAACCGAUUGGUUUCCGCUUCAGGAGACUGUCUUGUAAAAAUGUGGGACCUCAACACUGGAGUAUGCCUUCGCGACUUUAGUGGCCAUACCCGUGGUCUUGCAUGUGUUCAGUUUGAUGGUAAAAUAAUUGCAUCUGGAUCCAACGACAAGAGCAUCAAGAUUUGGGAUUCCGAAACUGGAGAGUGUCUGCGCACUCUGGUUGGCCACGAAGACUUGGUACGAACACUAUGUUUUGACACCAAGCAUCUUGUCUCUGGUGGAUAUGAUCAGUCCAUCAAGGUAUGGAAUAUGAAGACUGGUGACCUUAUGCUAGAUCUGAAAGAUGCGCACACCAGCUGGGUAUUCCACGUGCAGCUUGACCCUUCCAAGAUUGUUAGUGCUAGUCAGGACCGGAAGGUUAUGAUCUGGGACUUUAGUAAUGGCGAGGAUGUAAACGAUAUACUUUAGGCGGCAAAUACCCGAAUCAGCAGGGGUAUGAAGCUUAGCAGUUUGAUUAUUCUUUAAACAAUUGCAUUGAUAAUAAUAACAACGUUGCCAUUAUGGUUCGUUAUAAAAUUAAAACAAGCACGCGAUUGAUAGAAUCGUAUGCCAUUUCAAUAAUU